UCUUGGAACGGGACAACACUUUCUGCCCAGCGGAGAAUAGUAUUUUUGGAAAAGUUUUUCUCUUGAAAGCAUGUCCAAAUAUAAGCCAUGGCAGGUUGGUUGCUGUCUCUGUAUCGGUUUAUUUGGUGCUAUAAUAUUCAUCUGUCUCUGCAUACUAGUCUUCGGCGUAUUUAUCCACCGAGGAUGCUCCGAGGACACGUACAAGCACGCGGCGGUUUCUGCGGACUCUAAACUUUGCUCGGACAUUGGCAGAGAUAUACUGCAACAAGGAGGAUCGGCAGUAGAUGGCGCCAUUGCAGCUCUGUUGUGCACCUCACUGGUCAACCCUCAGAGCAUGGGCCUGGGAGGAGGCUCUAUAUUCACUGUUAGGGACAAAACUGGCACGGUGAAAACCUUCAGUUCGAGAGAGACUGUUCCACAGUCAUUCAAAGCUGAUCUGCUGAAGGGCUGUCCAACAUCUGUCACAUUUAUUACAGGUAGUCAGUGGAUUGGCGUUCCUGGAGAGUUGCGUGGGUAUGAGGUGGUUCACAGAAUGUACGGGAAGCUGCCCUGGGCCAGGCUGUUUGAGCCCACCAUUAGACUGGCCAGAGAAGGAUUUCCUAUGCCACCCUUCCUGGGAUCCCUCCUUAACAUCACACUCAUAGGAAACCUGGUGAAAGCAACAUCACUCUGGUAUGAGGUGUUCUGCCACAAGAACAAGACGGUGCUGGGCAUAGGAGACAUGUUGAAGUUCCCUAAACUGGCAGAAACCAUGGAAACCAUUGCAGAACAAGGUGUAGAUGCCUUUUACACUGGCCAAAUUGGACUUGACUUGAUCCAAGACGUAAAAGCAGCAGGUGGGACCCUUACCAUGGAGGAUCUGAAGUCAUUCAGAGUCCGAGUGGAGGAUGCCUGGACUGUUCCUCUUGGCGAUUACCAGAUGCACAUCCCUCCACCUCCUGCAGGGGGAGUCAUGCUUGCCUUCAUCCUCAACCUUGUUAAAGGGUUCCAUUUCACCCCCAGGUCCAUGGAGGAGGACCAGAAGGUCCUGACCUAUCACUGCUACUUGGAGGCAGCUAAAUUUGCUAACGGACAGAGGAAGAGCGUUCACGAUCCUGUUUUCAACACUAAAAAAGAUGCAUCGUAUAUGGUGGACUCUGACUUUGCUGAUCGGAUCAGGGUAUUGAUCAGUAAAAACCGUACCUAUAAUGACUCCUACUACAACAUAACACCUUCCCCUGACCGCUUUGGGACCACGCACGUGUCAGUCCUGGCUGAAGAUGGAUCUGCAGUCUCUGUCACAAGUACCAUCAACCAAAUUUUUGGUGCAGGGAUUUACUCCAGUAGAACAGGCAUCAUCCUCAACAACGAGCUGGCUGACUUCUGUUUUAGAGCAGAGGGAUUGAGUGCAGGUGAACAGCCUCCCUCUUCAAUGGCUCCAGCUAUACUGAGCUCCAGCUCUGGGAAAAAUACCCUUGUAAUUGGGGGAUCAGGGGGUAGCAUGAUCACGACCGCCAUGGCCCUGUCCAUAAUGAACCACCUUUGGUUGGGGAUGAGUUUGAAAGAUGCCAUUGCUGCUCCUAUAGUGUUUGUCGAUGGCAACAACAAUGUGAAGUUUGAGAAUGGCUUUGAUAAGUCUGUGAUAGAGGCCCUUAAGAUCAUUGGACACAGAGUGACAGACUACAAAUACUUCUUCAAUGUGGUCAAUGCUGUGGCCAAGGAGGACGGAUGCAUCACAGCCGUGUCAGAUGCCAGGAAGCAGGGCAAAUCUGCUGGCUACUGACCAAAGGUUUACAGCCAAUUAGUUGGCUUUAGAACACUGUACAGUAGAUCCCAGAGGACAGUACUUUUAGUGAGAUUUAUUUUUUGUAAUUCUAUUAUCUUCAUAUAUGAACAUUUUUUUUAUCUAAACCAACAGUCCAGAGCCUUAAGCAGAAUCAAAUGGCCCUCUUGACAAAAUACUUAGGCACUGAAAUGGAUGGAGUUUCUAAUUUGACCAAGUACAUACAAUUACAUGCUUGUUCUUAAUGAUUAACUGUACAGUACACAUAGAUUAUAGCACAAGGGAGGUCCCGAAGGUAUUCAAAUGGGAAGAGAAGGUCAGUACAGCCUGUCAGCCUGUACUAACAUGGGACUCAUACUGUGACCACAAGGACUUGUCAGAUUCAGGACAGGACAUGGUACAACAUGUUACAACUCAAUCCUCCAAGUUCAUUUAUUAGUCCCUCUCUGGAGUGUUGCAGCAAUACUCUGAGACUCACACUUUGAGAUAAAACAGGCUUUUUGCAGCCCCCUUCAGUGUCAGAAAGGAGCUCCACUGCCUAAUAAUACUAAAGCACCCUUUGCUGACUCUAACAGCUACCCAAUCAGUUUGCUGCCUAAUCUUAUUAAACUGGUGGAGAGAAUUGUGUUUGACCAAAUACAAUGCUACUUUUCAGAGAACAAAUUAACUACUGACUUUCAGCAUGCAUAUACAGAAAAGCACUCAACUUGUACUGCACUGACUCCGAUGACGGAUGAUUGGUUAAAAUAAAUGGAUAAUAAGAUGAUAGUUGAAGCUGUAUUGUUAGAUUUCAAUGCAGCCUUUGAUGUUAGAUCAUAAAUUGUUAUUGAAAAAACUCACAUUGGCUUUACAUCACUUGCCAUCACAUGGUUGGACAGUUACUUAUCCAUUAUAACCCAGAGAGUGUUCUUCAAUGGAAGCUUCAUUAAUAUCAGAUAUGUGGGGUGUCCCUCAGGACAAUUCCACACUCUACAUGUCAGCACCCAAAGUCGGUGAGCUCACAAAAUAAAUAAAUAAAAGAUUGUCAGUUUUAGAAUGAGUGAAGAAUAAUAAUAAACUGGUCUUAAAUACAUCUCAAACUAAAAGCAUUGUAUUUGGUUCAAAACAUUCUCUAGGCCCUAAACCUCAACUGGAGUUGUACAUAAAGGGUGUGACCAUUGAGUAAGUUGAGGAAGCUGAAUUCCUAGUAGUAACAUUGGAUGGUCAGUUAUCAUGGGCAAGUCAUAUUGGCAAAGUUGUUGUGAAGAUGGGGCGGGGUAUGUCUUUUAUAAAAAGAGGUUAUGUGUUUGAGACAAAUCAACUUGGCAUGUAUAACAAGGCAAUUAGAAAUUCCAGACAAGCUCGUUUUCUAACUUGAUCACUAAGAUCGGGGUGGCAGGGUAGCCUAGUGGUUAGAGCGUUGGACUAGUAACCGAAAGGUCAAAUCCCUGAGCUGACAAGGUACAAGUCUGUCCUUCUGCCCCUGAACAGGCACUUAACCCACUGUUCCUAGGCCGUCAUUGAAUAAGAAUUUGUUCUUAUCUGGCUUGCCAAGGUAAAAUUAAAAAAAUUAUCUGAAUGUGUUUGAGACAAAUCAACUUGGCAUGUAUAACAACCAUUGAUGGCCUGAUUUAAUCCUACCCCUGCAAGCAAACCUGUGAACUUUCCUCCACAGCUAAAAGCUAAAAUUACACCUAGCUUUUCAUCUGGUGUUUUAUCUUUAUUCCACUUUAAUUAAAAUAUGCGGCCAGAUUCUCUCUGUGCUUUGGCGCCAACAAUAAGUACUUUGGCCUUGUCUUGAUUUAGCUGGAGGAAGUUGUAAGACAUCCAAGUAUUUAAAUCACUAAUACAGUCUAAUAAUUUAUCCGUGUAGCUAAAAUCCUCUGGUGACACAAAUGUAAAGUUGUGUAUCAAGUGCCAACUGUAUUUUAGAAAAAUUCCAGUCUGGUUUUCGUGCCCACUACAGCACAGAGACAGCCUUAGUUAAGGUGGUAAAUGAUCUUAGCGCUAACACAGAUGCCAAACAGCUCUCCUUCCUUGUACUCUUGGAUUUAGGUGCUGCAUUCAACACUGUUGACCAUGAUGUCCUCUGGAAAGACUGGAGAGGUGGGUUGGCCUCUCAGGUCCAAUUCUAAAUUGGUUCAGGACCUAUUUGGCAGGUUGAGUUUUUUUGUGACCCAUGGUGAACAUAACUCAGAGAAAAUACUACCACCUGAGGAACAUUGCCAAGGCGCGGCCAUUUCUCUCUCAGGCUGAUACAGAGAGACUCGUCCAUGCUUUUAUUAUAAGCAGGCUUGACUACUUUAGUGCUCUCCUGUUUGGUCUACCCAA